CGACAAGCAAACUUCCACCCUGUCACAGACAUGGCAUCAUUCUUAGGCGUUUACCGUUAACUCCGAUGAGUCCAUGAGCUGUCUCUGCCUCAAAAGCCGACGUCGCCCGCGAUGUUCAGGACAGCUUGAUGUUUAGAAAAGUGGCUGCAGUGAGAGCAACAACUUCCAGCUUCACCAGAUUCAUCACCACGAAAGCCACGGCCAAGAUGCCGCUCAUCAAUGCAGGAACGGGCAAGCCAAGAGUCAUCCUCGGGACCAUGACCUUCGGUCCCGACGAGGCCGCUGGAGCUCGUAUUACGUCUCUAGACACUUACAAGUCGUGCUUGGACCACUUCCAAUCCCGUGGAUACAAUGAGAUUGAUACCGCACGAGUCUACAUUGGCGGCAAGCAAGAAGCCUGGACUCGCGAUGCAGGCUGGAAAGAACGAGGGCUUACUCUCGCCACCAAGUGGUACCCUCAUGAAGCGGGUGCUCACAAGGCGGAGAUACUGGAGAAGCAAGUUAACAAGUCGUUGUCGGAGCUCGGCACAGACUGCGUAGACAUCUUCUACCUCCAUGCCGCAGACCGCAGCAUCCCGUUCACAGAGCCUCUGAAGAAGUUGAACGAGCUCCACAAGCAGGGGAAGUUUGUCAACCUUGGCUUGAGCAACUUCACAGCUGCUGAAGUGGCAGAGGUGGUCAUGCACUGCAAGUACAACAACUGGGUGCGACCUACAAUCUACCAAGGCAUGUACAAUGCAAUUCAGCGCAACAUUGAGCCGGAUCUCAUCCCGACACUCAAGCGAUACGGUCUGGAUCUCGUGGUCUACAACCCUCUCGCAGGCGGUCUCUUCAGCGGCAAGAUUAAGUCCACCGAUGUCCCAGCCGAAGGUCGAUUCAGCAAUACAGCAUCAGCAGUAGGAGCCAACUACCGGAACCGAUACUUCCGCGAUGACACAUUCGAAGCCCUGAAAAUAUGUGAAGAAGUGGUGCAGAAGCACAAUUUGACCCUGCUCGAGACGGCGUUUCGGUGGCUGGUGCAUCACUCUAAGCUGAACAUCAAGGAUGGCGGCAAUGAUGGCAUCAUUAUCGGGGUCUCAAGCCAGCAGCAGCUCGAAACCAACUUGAACGAUAUCGAGAAGGGACCUCUGCCGGAAGAAGUAUUGAAAGUGCUCGACCAGGCCUGGCUGAUCACCAAGCCAACAGCUGUGCCCUACUGGCACGGAAAGCUGGAAUAUACGUACGAUACCGUCGAUGCACUGUUCGGCCAAGGCAGUAAGAUAUAGAGGAGCUGAAGUUCCCGCACUCACGUGCAGCUAGAUAUUGAGCACGGCGCUCGUUACCAAAAUAGGCCGAAGAAAUCACAUGCCGAGAAUCCGUUCAGACACAAAUCACAUGUCAGCUUCGACUCUUCCAAAACAUCAUCCCAC